AUGACACAAACAGAAAAGCACUCAGAUUAUAACAUGAGCAUUUGGCUUCGAUGUUGCGAAGAAGAGAUCAAAAAACCCAUUGAGGGAAAACUUACAGGAACAAUUCCAACAUGGUUAAGUGGCACAUUAUUGCGAAAUGGAUCAGGAACAUACAAAAUAGGUGAAUCUGAAUACGGACAUGUUUUUGACGGGCCAGCAUUAUUACACAGAUUUUAUCUAAAAAACGGUAACGCAACUUAUCAAUGUCGUUACUUAAACUCGAAGACAUUUAAUAAAAAUAGAAAAGCUAACCGAAUAGUUGUCACCGAGUUUGGUACGAGGUCUGUGCCAGAUCCUUGUCACAGUAUUUUUGACAGGAUAGCAUCCACCUUUACUCUUGAGGAUUAUUUUACGGACAACGCUGGAAUCUCUGUUCAGCCAUUUGGCGAUCAAAUAUAUACAAUGACAGAAAUAGCUACAGUAUAUAAAAUCGACCCCGACUCUCUAGAAACAUUGGAUAGGAAGACCCUUAUCAAUUCGUUAAUAGUUUGUCAUACUGCGCACCCUCACGUUAUGCCAAAUGGAGAUGUAUACAAUAUUGGGUUGCAAUUUAUUAAAGGAUUACCAAAACAUGUUAUUCUGAAGUUUUCUCACACCGGAAAAGAAAAUAUGUUUGAAUCUGCUGAAAUUGUGGGCGUUGUUGAUCCAAAGUGGCGAUUUAAUCCCUCUUAUAUGCACUCCUUUGGUAUAACAAAAAAGUAUUUUAUUAUAAUAGAACAACCUCUUUGUAUAUCUAUCUUAAAUACAAUGAAGAAAAUAGCAUUCAAUGAACCCUUCUCAACGAUGCUAGAGUGGUAUUCGGAAUAUGAGACUCAAUUUAUAUUGAUACACCGCGAAACUGGUGAACAAAUUCGUUAUCGUGCAGAUACAUUCUUCUUCAUGCAUAUAAUCAAUUGUUUUGAAGAAAAUGGCAAAUUAUUCAUUGAUGUAUCUACGUACAAGGACGCGAAGCUAAUUGACGCUAUGUACGUCGAAGCUAUCAAGAAUAUUGAGAGCAAUUUAAACUUCGGUCAAUGGUGCCAUAGUCGCCCCAAGCGCAUUGAGAUUCCUCUCAACGCAGCGCCUGACUCCAAGGUGGAAACUAAACUACUUGCCGAUGUUUGUGUUGAAGUUCCUAGGAUAAAUUAUCAGGUUUAUAAUGGCCGGCCUUAUAGAUAUUUCUAUGGGAUAUCACUGGAAGUAGGUUCAGAACACGCUGGUUCAAUUAUUAAAAUAGAUAACAAAACAGGGGAAAUAAAAAUGUGGAGAGAAUUCGACGCGCACCCCAGCGAGCCUGUGUUUGUAGCCUGUCCUGAUGCAAAGGACGAAGAUGACGGUGUUAUAUUGAGCUCGGUACUAUGGAGCAAAGACGAUCACGCAGUCACAUUGCUGGUGUUAAAUGCCCGAGAUCUUAAUGAGAUUGGACGUGUUCAAUUCGUGACUCCUUCGCAGGCAGCUCGUUGCUUCCAUGGAUGGUACCUCCCUGACCGAAUA